GUCUUCGAGCUUCGCCAGUUUCGGAAGUGUUCCGAGCGAUCAUCCGGUGUACCUGUGCAGCACGCGUUGCAUGCCGUGCCGUCGUCGAAAGUCUUGUUGUGCGACUUCGAAGAAGAAAAACCCAAAAUGACACAAAAACCACCGCCAAGCAGUAACCAGGUACAUCAUUGUAACAAAGAAACUGAGCAAAAGAGUGUUCUUUUCCUCCUUUGUAAUUUGGUAUGCAUUAUAUCCUUCAUAGUUCACACUUGACGUGGUUAUAAUACUGUCUAUACCUCACCUUGGAGCGGUAUCAGUGAACCGGAUGGCACCGUGAAUGACCGAAGAUGUAUUAGUCUCAAGAGAACAAUUUUGUUUUGCAGCUAAUUGCUCAGGCAAGACAGGACUCAACAGAAAAAUGGAUAGCUUUGGUUCGAACAUCUAAUCAAUCCUCCGUGGAGGUUGGAGGUGGCAAGCAGGGCAUCUCAACGCUGUGGUGCCUGGACACGGAUGUGAAGUUUCUGGCCCAGUGUGGCUUUCUGAGCAUUUGCUUGAACCUUUGUAUAGUUCGUGAACUCUAUCAGCAAUGGAUAUAAUAAGACAGCGCUCGGAGAGGCUGGAGAGCCUGUACUUGGACGAGCGGCAGACAGUUGAAUCUGAUAUUCUCAGUACUGAGGGAUUGCUAGAUACAGUUUCUGCUUUGUGGACCGAAGGAUUCGGCUUGAAACGUGAAAGAAACAUCGCGACUUUCCUGGAACGAAACAAGGAUGCCAUGAACCAAGUGCAGAGCCUGCGCCUGAAGUGCGAGGAUUUCGAGGUGCUGCGGACGAUAGGUCGAGGAGCAUUUGGAGAGGUCCAACUGGUCCGAAUGAAGGACAGCAAUCAGGUAUUCGCCAUGAAGAAGCUGAACAAGUGGGACAUGCUCAAGAGACAGGAGACCGCCUGUUUCAAGGAGGAGCGUGACGUUCUGGUGCAGGGUGACAAGAAAUGGAUUACCGAACUCCAUUACGCAUUCCAAGACCAUGACUUCUUGUACCUGGUAAUGGAGUACUACAUCGGAGGAGAUUUGCUGACCCUGAUGGCGCGGUUUGAGGAUCGGCUCGAGGAGAGCAUGGCACGGUUUUACCUAGCUGAGAUCCUGAUGGCCAUUGACUGUGUGCACAAGAUUGGGUAUCUCCACCGCGAUAUCAAGCCCGACAACAUACUGCUGGAUCGGUGUGGCCAUGUCCAUCUAGCUGAUUUUGGCUCCUGCCUCAAGCUUGACGCCCAUGGAAAGGUCAGCUCAACUGUAGCCGUUGGAACACCUGACUACAUCUCCCCUGAGAUUCUUUGCGCCAUGGAUGAUGGAAAGGGCUCCUAUGGUGUAGAGUGCGACUGGUGGUCAUACGGGAUCGUCGUCUAUGAGAUUCUGUUUGGCGAGACUCCCUUCUACGCCGAGUCUCUUGUGGAUACCUACAGCCAGAUUAUGCAUCACAAAGAGCGGUUCAGCUUCCCAGAGGAUGUAGGGACGGACGAAGUAUCUGAAGAGGCUCGGGACUUGAUCCAAAAGCUGAUAUGUGAACCCGAGGAACGCCUAGGUACACACGGAGCUGAUGAUAUCAAGACCCACCCGUUCUUUGCUGAGAUUGAUUGGGCUACCUUGCAUACCUCUGCCCCACCGUAUGUACCUGAAGUAGGCCAUGAAACGGACACUUCUAACUUCGACGAAAUCGACGAGCCACCUGCAGAGCACACGCAACCUCCGGUGUCUGGUCAUUUUGCCGGCAUCCAUCUUCCCUUUGUUGGCUUCACGUUUACACGUGACACGAUGUUCAAUGAUAUCUGUAGCCGACGUGAGGUCCCGAAUGGUGUGCCACUCAAAGUAUCGAGCAGCAACGUAGCGCCAAGCAGCUCGCUGAUCAAGAGUAUGGAAGAGGAGCGCAAUGCCUUGCAGGAGGAGAUGAAGAAGAUCCUGCAGGAGGCCAAGGACCGGCAGCGCUCGUAUGAGGAGCGGCUGCAGACGCAAUACGUGGCCUGCAGCGACCUGGAGCAGCGCCUGCAGAGCACGGAGCAGACUCUGGCGCGCAUGGUUCAGGACAACGAGCUGCUGAGCAGCGACUUGGAGCUAGCGCGAGAAGAGGCCCAAGCACAGGAACAAGAGCUGCAAACACUGCGCAGAAAUGUGACAACGGAAACGAACGAGAAAAAUGAAGAGCUGAACACCUUGAAAGCUGCAAAUGCCAAGCUGAAGCUGAGUCUCCGAGAAGCGGAGGAGGAGGCAGAAAAAGCCACAUCCAAAGUCGACUCGCUGAAGACGGAUAUCACAAAGCUGGAAAAGGCCAAGCGAGAGAUUGUUCUGGAGCUCGACAGCAUGGAGGCAGCGUUAGCGCUUGAGCAGAAAGCAAAGGCUCGGUUGCAAUCGGACUUGAAAGAAGCACAGGAUGCAAUGGAGGAGCAUGCUGAAUCCGGCGCUGAUAGCGUGAAGACAUUGAAAGACGAUGUCAUUCGGCUCAAAGGCUUGCUGGAAUCCGCACACGGGGAGCUGGACGAAGCACUGGCACGGGUUGAGAAGGAGCGGAGAGCACUAGCGCAGGAUCAUGCCGAGAAGGAAGCCAAGUUUGAGUCCACGAUGCGAGACUACAACAGCGAAGUGGAAGAACUGAAGAAAAAGCUUGCCAAUCAAGUGGCAAGCACACAGGAGGCGUGCAGUGUCGAGUGGGAAGAGAAGCUUAGCUCUCUGCGUUGCAAGCUCGAGGGAGAACUGGCACAGACGGCCAUGGAAAACACCAACUUGCAGUCACAAGUGGAAAAGCUGACUUCAGUGGUGGAACGUCAGCGGUGCAAUAGAGGGGACAAUGACGAAAACAGUGACCUUCGCACAUGGUUUGAAGGACAGGUCGACGGUAUUCAUAAAUCGAUGUCGGAGGAAAGUGAUGCACGCACGUACCUGCGGACGGUUGCAGGCAGCAUCACCGAACAAGUGGAAAGCCUAAAGCGAGUGUGUCAAGAGCAUAUGGCGGCCAGCAAAGAGAUGGAAAGCGGGCUACUUUCGUUGCCUGUGUCACACCUCUUGGAUAGUCAAACUGUGGCUGAAGAGCCGGAGGUGACCACCGGUGCUCCCAGCGUUUCUGCCAGUAUUCUCAAAAAUCCAGCCAAGAGUGUCAAGCGUGACUGGCAAGCGCGUCGCAGCAUUCGUCACGGCAAGCAAGAGUAUCUCGUCCUUCAGAAUAGUCUGAAGAAUGAAAUUGAGGCCAAGAAUGCUCUGGCCAAUGAACUCAGCACAAUGCGAGCACAGAUGGAAGCUAUGGAGACCCAACUGAAGGAGAUGGCGGAUGAAGUGGACAUUGUGUCGCAGGAAAGAGACGCACACCAGGCCGAACUUUCCCGAUUGCGCGACGACAGACCGGGAGCUCUGUCACGGCGAACAUCCUCCGAGAUGUCCAUCAACACAGCUCUUCUCCUACACGACUCAAUGAAUCCGACGGAUUCUUCCUUCUCAAUACAAAAGUCGCCCAGCACUCAAGGGUCUCUGAUGCUGAAACGCUCAGAUAGCAGUCGCAGCCGUAUCUCUGCAACGUCUAAGGAUGCGGAAUUGUUUGAGGAGAAACCGCUUGCUGUUAUUCCCAAAACAAGCCUGUCACCAAGCCCUCUCGAGAAGAAGGCCAAGGCUCAUCGAUUCGUCAUCAAGUCUGUCCCCAGUCCUACGAAGUGUCACUACUGCAAGGGCAUUCUUAUUGGUCUCAUGCGUCAAUGUGUAGAAUGCAAAGAAUGUUCAUACUUGGUACACACAAGCUGUACACGCGACAUGAAAGUCACAUGUCCUUACAAUCCGGAACAGGAUGCAUCCAAGGUGGGAGCGAAGACUGCCCCUUACACAGCGGCUGUCAUUGAAGGCUUCGUGAAGAUCCCGAAACCUGGUGGUGUGAAGCGAGGCUGGACGAGGCAUUUCGUGACAGUGAGUGAGUUCAAGGUGAUCUUCUACUCACUAGCAUCGGAGCAUAUACCCACCAACAACGUAACCAACGUCAUUGAUUUGAGAGAUACGUCCACCACAGUUUCCUGCGUCACACAGGCCGAUGUUAUCCAUGCACCGUCCAGAAUUCUUGCCUCCAUUCUGAGGAUAACGAUGAGCGUGCAUGAAUCUGAACACCCCGAAGAGUCGCCUAGCCGUGGUGGCGAGGGCGACGAGUCUUGCGAGCCGAUCUCCACACACAUGCUGAUGUGCUUCGACAACGACAAGCUGAAGCAGCGCUGGCUCUUCACACUGACGUCACUGCUGCAACUCAUACGCACUUCGGUGACAGUGCAUCGACCGGAGCGCAUUUCACUACUACCUGUUCUGGCGAGUCGACAGCUGGAUUGCUUGCGAUCACACUCUCCCGUUGCGUUAGAAAUUCUUG